AUGAAAUUUAGACGUGUUUUUCCUUGUUUGAAGGAGAGGGAUUUGAGUUAUCAUUAUUGUCCCAAGGAGGAGGAUUGGGACAAAGUUGAGAAAAUUUGUUCAAUUUUGAAGGUGUUCAGUGGUGCAUCGAAUCUCAUAUCGAGGAGUGAUUAUCCGACAUCAAACUUGUUUCUAAAACAAGUUUGUACAAUCAAAAUUAUGUUGGAUAGUAAGAGUCAGGAUGAAGGUCAGUUUAUACAGUCCAUGAUUUGGAAAAUGAAAGAAAAGUUUGACAAAUAUUUGGGAGAAUGUAAUUUAUUGAUAGGUGUGGCUGCUAUUUUAGACCCCAGACUGAAGAUGAGGGCAAAUAUUGAUGUUGUUCGAGAUGCCUUGUAUGUGAUAUAUAAGGAGUAUGUUAAUGCCAGUAAAGCAUUGACUGCUGCCCGCGCUUCUACAUCUACAUGGGAUGGAGUUAAGGUUAUUGGUGAGGGGUCGAGGGUAGCGGCAGAGAGGGCAGAUAAUUGGGAUGAUUUUAGUCAGUUUCUGGAUGUGGUUGAGACGGUUGAGCCAACAAAAUCAGAGUUAGACUAUUACCUAGGAGAGGGAUGCCAUAAAUAUGUCAGGGACCCUAAGGCGUUUGAUGCUUUGACAUGCUGGAAGGCUAAUUCAACAAAGUUCCCUAUCUUGUCUACCAUAACUUGUGACAUAUUAGCCAUCCCUAUCACUAUGGUUGCUUCUAAAUCUGCUUUCAGUGCUGGCAGUAACGUUAUUGACACGUAUCGAUCGUUGUUGUCUCUCGACACAGUGGAGAUGCUCUUAUGUGGAUGUGAUUGGUGCAGGAAUUUGAAUAGGGUGAAGAAAGGAUGUAAAGAAGACCAUCAACCGUUGGAGAUCAACCUUCCUAUCCCGUAA